GUUAUAUUUUCGGUUCAUCAUUCAACACAUCAACUGAUAACGCAAUUCACCAUGGAUGAGAAUGACCCUGAUCGGCACCUGCGUCAAAUCUAUCAGGUGGUAGGAGUUUCUACCGUCAUCGACAGCGUAGCACAGCUCGUUAAACGUCGGCGAGGAAGUCCACCGAAAAUUACCAAAGAACAAGAACUUCAGCAGCAGCUGGAACGUGCCAAAGAUGCCCGGGCUGGAAGGUUAAACUCGAUCGGACCAAAACACCGUUUCAUACUGGAAACGGCAUCGCACAUUUUGAAUCUAGAACCAGAAAUCCUCAUCGAUUGCGCUGCUGACAAGGACGAGUAUGUUGGUCAGUUGGAUCAACUUUUCGAAACCGACGGAAUAAGAUCGGUGCUGGUGUACUAUGGAAUGUACAAUGCACCCGGAAUGGAUUCGGGUCGGUAUAAUCCGAAGCACAAACGACAGCAAAGUAUGCAGUCCUUGAUUACCAACGGAACCGUUGAGAAAGUGACUGUUCUUAAUGUCGGUUCCUACAGACACACAAAUGCUCGAUCGAUUGAUAUUAAGAAUCUAGGCGAGGAUAUUUAUUUUUUAACAAUUGCAAUACCGGAAAAAUCAUCAAUAAUAUUCACGCUAACUUCUCUAUCGGAGAAUGUGUUGAAACCGGCUCUGAAUAGUAUUAAAGACUACGGCUUUUGUACGGAUCUUCAAAAAAGUUACUUUUUCCAUGGUGUUGAAACAUUUAUAAAAUUUCUAAAAAGUACCGAGAAAGACAUUUCCGAACGUAUCAUGUUUUCGGUGGAUCACGAUCUGUACAAGGGAUUUCUUCUAACUGCGAUUCAAAUCGAGGAAUCAUCUCACGACAGGAACAAAGUGUAUGCAGCAGAGCGAUCCUUCGCUAGAUGGAUGCGACAGGUGCAGUUUGCACUUACCCAGGGUGAUCAGAUUCGACGCGAUCCGUAUGACGUAGGGCCACUGCACGAGUUAGAAUACUGGCGGAGUAUGCUUACCAAGUACACGUCAAUCGCCGAAUUCAUCGAAUCCAGACCUUUUCUCAACUAUCAGCACUGUUUGAAGCUUUCCCGAUCGAAACUUUUGAAAAAGUGGCGCUUGAUGGAUAACGAGGUUACGCGGAAACUGAACGAAUCGCGUGAAAACGUGAAAUACAUUAGCUCAAUCGAGCGUUUCUGGGAUCCUCUAUAUCGUUGUGAUCCGGAGGAGGUUUCAAUGCAUAUUGCUAGUUUGCUAACCAUCAUACGACAAGUGUACAAAACCUCCAGUUUCUUCAACACAUCGGAAAGGAUCACAGGUUUACUGUCGAAGGUGACGAAUCAAAUUAUCAUGAAUUGUCAACAGUAUAUGACGUGUCGAAAAACGAAAACUAUCUAUGAGCAAGAAAAGGAAGAUGUUCUUGCCAAGAUACGAGUCUGUAAAGAUUUAGAUAUGUUGUAUCGUUUUCAUUACUAUAAAACUAUCAACGACAUGGAAGAGAGUCCAGAUGAGAACCCGUGGGAUUGCUCCGAUAUGUAUAUUUUCGGAAAAAUGGAUACAUUCAACGUGCGCCUAGACAAGAUCCACAACAUCAUGGAGUUAUAUCUCAAGUAUAAGAUUAUAGAUGAGGUCGGAAUUUCGGGAACCGAAAAAUUUUCCAACCGCAUCAAAAAGGCAUACGAUGUUAUAGCUUCGAAAACAUACGACCCACUGGUUCAUCGGCAGCAUCAAUUCGACCAUGAUUACGACGUAUUUUUAAAAGAAAUUGAAGCAUCCGAAAUCGGACUACAACAAUUUGUCAAAGAGAUGCUCUCCGUAAUUCCUACCAUUGAGAGUCGCCUGCUAGUGCUGAAUCGGUUCGAAAAACUUCAACUUGACUGCUUGUGUCUGGACCGACGGUAUCUGGACAUCGCCAUUAUGCUGGAGAAACAGAUCUUUGAAAUUAAAGAUUAUUACAACGAAAAUCGAGCAAAUCCACCGAUCGUUUGGUGCGUUCCAAAUAGUGUCGGGCGCAUUAUGUGGGCUCGAUACUUAUUUCGCAAAAUGGAUGACACGAUCAAGGUGAUCAAAACACGUGGCUGUGUGAUCCAGCAUAAGAAAGCGCAGCUCUGCGUUAAGUAUUACAACUACUUAUGUGAGGUGCUGCUGCACUAUGAAAUGUUACACCACCGAGCAUGGUGGGACUUUGUUGAACAGGCGUUGAUAAAUUUAGAGGCACCGAUCUAUACUAAAAAUUCUCAAACCAAUUGGUUGGAAGUUAAUUUUCAUCCUUUUCUAAGACAAACAAUAAAGGAAGCGGAAACUAUCCUAAAAUGGAAACUAGCGGCACCUGAGUUUGCCGUUUUACUGGUUCUACAGAAGGAUAACCUGUAUAACGCAUUCGAACGAGUAAAAGAUUUAAUGUUGCGAAACAAUCGAGUGAGGUUAAGUAUUCCAACAAUAUUUUUGCCUCUGAUGAGAACGAUGCUGAUCAAACUAGAGGAAGCGUUCCUUCCAGGGUUAACUACUGUCACUUGGAUGUCGUUAAAUUUGAAAGAUUACUUAAACCAGCUUGAACAGGUGAUUAUAUCCGCUGAAAUUUUCGUCAAAGAUGUCAACGAUAUCCGCGAAGCGAGGAUAGAAGAUAUCCUGUAUUCGUUCGCCAACACAGAUUUACUUGUCUUACCGGUGGAAGCGGUAACACCUCCGGCAUUUAUGGAUAUGAAUAUAAAAUACAGACAAUCAAUUGAAAAAAUCUUAGAAAAAAAGUCUUUGGCCAUGGAAAAAGCGACAAUUGAACUUAUAAAUAAAUUUGUCGAAAACAUCCAAGUAGCGGAUUUUGAUGAAAAAGGAAACCGAAAGUUUCAGCUUCCGCUAUUACAGCACAACGAUGAGAAUCGACGUCGUGAGGAAGCUCUGCCUAUCGACAAGUACGAUUGGAUAAGUUUCGACAAAAUAUACAAGGCACUCGCAUACCCAUCUCCGGAAGCUCAUCAAAAAGCCUUAUUCCAAGACUACGCCGGACUCAACUACGACGUCACUCUACUUCACAUUGACUGUAUGGAGCUUUUCGCCUAUUUCAACCAUCGAAUUAUAGCCAUCUUUGUGCGAAUGGUAAAAACAUCGUUGGAAAAGCUACGGUCACGGAUUAAGCUAGUAAAUCUUCAAAUGAACAAAGCUGCCGCUAUGCGCGAUAUCAAUCCACUUCUAAUGACAGACAUGGAACUUCAGGAAGAAGCUUGCGUCAUAACGCCUUCGUUGGAGGGGAUCCAGCGUAGCUUCCAGCGUGUUAUCAUGAAUGUGGUGGAAACGUUUUACGCAGUAGCAACAUGGGGUAGACAGGCAAAAACCGAAGCUCGGAAGAUGCGACGUCCAGUGCUGGAUGAAGUACGACAUGAACGGUCCUGGUUCAGGACGAUAUCGGGACACAAAGAAGUUUCUCGAGUGAUUCACGAGUUCGACGGUGGAUUGCUCUUAGUACAACCGGACGUCGAUUUGGAGCUAAGAAAAAUGUACAACAAAUACGAGUACCUCUGGAAGAAUGAUUUAUUUGCUGUUUCACUGGAAGAAAAACCUGCUCUGUUUGAGAAAAUUCAAAAUGACCUGUCAACAAUUGAAUUUGUCACCCAUGUUGGACCUAUCGUGAUACAGUCGGAGCAAGUUAUCAAAGCAGUUUUGUUGAAAUUUUUAGAAUUCUAUGUGAAAAGGAUAUCCGAAAUAACAAACUUUAUCACCGACCAAGAUACCAUACUAAAGCGAACGUUGAAGGACCUGGACGACAUCAAAAUGGCUAUGGAGUGUUUACAAAUUGUGCAGGACAAUUUCACUUUUAUCGACAUUGAUCUUGGGUUUAUUGAGUCAACCUAUGCAACACUUGCUGGAUUUGAUUUGGGGAUAACUAAAGAAAACAUAGAUCAUGUUUACGGAUUGCGAGAGAGCUUCAAACUGAUGAGCAAAAAAGUAGAGACGGUGGAAAACGAUAUUAUAGCACUACAAGUGCCACUGCAACGAGAGCUUGCAGAAGGUGUCGCUGAAUUCGUCGAAGAAAUCACAGAAUUCGACCAAGAGUUUGAGACUAAGGGACCAAUGGAGGAAGGUAUUUCCGCUAAAGAAGCUAGCGACCGUGUGUUGAUGUUUCAAGGAAGAUUUGACGAGUUGUGGCGUAAAUUUGAAAUGUACGCCAGCGGAGAAGCGUUUCUGGGUCUUAAAGUUAAUGACUAUCCAAUUCUUCACAAACGAAAGAAAGAAUUUAAUCUGUUGAAUAAACUAUACUCGUUGUAUUUACAAGUAAUGCGCAGUAUUGACGAAUAUUAUGAGACACCAUGGUCAGAAGUCGAUAUAGAAAAGAUAAACAACGAAUUAACAGAUUUUCAGAAUCGCUGCAGAAAACUUCCCAAAGGUAUGAAAGAUUGGUUGGCGUAUAUCGACCUGAAGAAAAAAAUCGACGAUUUCAAUGACAGCUGUCCCCUACUCGAAUUGAUGUGUAACGAAGCCAUGAAGGAUCGCCAUUGGGAAAAACUGGAGAAUCUCUUGGGUUGCAAGUUUGAAGUGGAAUCACCUGACUUCACCUUGGGUCACGUAAUGGAAGCUCCACUUCUGGAAAAUAAAGAUGACAUCGAAGACAUAUGUAUAGGAGCGGUAAAAGAGAACGAUAUUGAUUCCAAGUUGCGACAAGUGAUCGCAGAAUGGUCAGCAGUUAGUUUGCAGUUUGCUAACUUCAAAAAUCGUGGUGAACUUCUGAUCAAAGCAGGAGAGACGGUUGAGGUGAUAUCACUGCUAGAGGACAGUAUCAUGGUCGUCAAUUCAUUGGCGUCGAAUCGCUUCAAUGCACACUUCAAAAAAGAGAUUAUGGUGUGGUUGCACAAGUUGGUUAAUACCGGAGAAAUUUUGGAGAAGUGGUUACAGGUGCAGAACUUGUGGAUAUAUCUCGAAGCUGUUUUCGUCGGUGGUGAUAUAUCGAAACAGCUUCCGCAGGAUGCUAAACGAUUCGCCGGUAUUGACAAAACCUGGGUUAGAAUCAUGUUUCGGGCAAGAGACAAUCCCAAUGCAGUUGAAUGUUGCACCGGAGAAGAUACCAUGCAAUACACAUUAACUGCCUUGCUAGCACAGUUGGAAUCGUGCCAGAAGUCUUUGACUGGUUACUUGGAAUCGAAAAGAUUAUUGUUUCCAAGAUUCUUUUUCAUAUCGGACCCGGUAUUACUGGAAAUCCUCGGUCAGAGCUCAGACCCUACUUCGAUACAAGGUCACUUGUUGAGUAUCUUUGACGCAGUGGCGAGGGUGGAAUUCGAAGAGAAAACUUUCGGGAAAAUCAUAUCAUUGCUUUCGGAUAAUAAGGAGAAAGUUCCUCUUGGGCGACCCGUGUUUUGCACCGGUGGAGUGGAAAUAUGGUUAGGUCGAUUACUGACGGAAAUGCAGGAUACAAUUCGAGAUAUUUUGGCAGCUAUGGCGCAAUGCUUGGCAAGUGCUGAUUUUAAUUUUAUUACCGGUUUUCAAGGUUUCUGCGGCCAAGCAGGUUUAGUUGGGGUUCAGCUGUUGUGGACACGGGAUGCAGAAAUCGCUCUCCGAAAAUGUCGAACGGAUAAAAACAUAAUGCGCAAAACAAAUCAAAGAUUCUUAGAUUUACUUAAUAGUUUGAUUGAGCUGACGGUGAAAGAUUUGACCAUUUUGGAGAGGAUUCGUUUUGAAACUAUGGUGACAAUUCAUGUCCAUCAGAGAGAUAUUUUCGAUGAUCUGGUACGGUUCAAAAUACGAACACAACUAGAUUUUGAAUGGCAGAAACAGGCUCGGUUCUACUACAUUGAAGAGACGGACGAUGUGAUUGUCAAAAUAACGGAUGUCGACUUCAUAUACCAAAACGAGUACUUAGGUGUGACAGAGCGAUUAGCGAUCACACCGUUGACGGAUCGAUGCUAUAUUACACUAGCCCAAGCUAUUGGUAUGUCCAUGGGAGGUGCUCCAGCAGGACCUGCUGGAACUGGUAAAACAGAAACAACCAAAGAUAUGGGACGUGCUCUUGGAAAGCUUGUGGUAGUUUUCAAUUGUUCGGAUCAAAUGGAUUUCCGUGGGUUGGGUCGAAUUUACAAAGGGCUGGCUCAAUCCGGAUCAUGGGGUUGUUUCGAUGAAUUCAACCGAAUCGAACUUCCAGUGCUGUCUGUUGCCGCACAGCAGAUUUAUAUUGUUCUGUCCGCUAGGAAGGAAAAAAAGACUGAGUUUAUCUUCAGUGACGGUGAUAGGGUGUCCUUAAAUCCUGAAUUCGGAUUAUUCAUCACCAUGAACCCAGGAUACGCUGGACGACAAGAACUACCGGAAAAUCUCAAAAUCAUGUUUCGUUCGGUAGCUAUGAUGGUGCCCGAUCGACAAAUCAUUAUGCGAGUUAAACUUGCUAGCUGUGGCUUCAAGGAAAACGUCAUCCUAGCUCGAAAGUUUUUCACGUUGUACAAACUAUGCGAAGAACAACUGUCCAAACAAGUUCACUAUGAUUUUGGUCUGCGAAAUAUUCUUUCGGUUCUGCGAACGUUAGGCGCUCAAAAACGUGCAAAUCCAAACGACACAGAAGAAACCAUUGUAAUGCGAGUUCUACGUGAUAUGAACGUUUCCAAGCUGGUUGAUGAGGAUGAGCCCCUGUUCAUAUCGUUGAUUGAAGAUCUGUUCCCGGGAAUUAAGCUGAGCACUUCGAGUUAUAAAGAUCUUCAGCGAGCCAUCGGCAAUAGUGCGGAGGCAUUAGGCCUUAUAAAUCAUCCCGAAUGGAACCUAAAAGUAAUCCAGUUGUAUGAGACCUCGCUUGUGCGUCACGGUUUGAUGACUUUGGGUCCAACUGGGGCAGGAAAGACACGGUGUAUCCACACAUUGCUUAAAAGCUUCACCGAGCUUGGUAUGCCUCACAAGGAAAUUCGUAUGAAUCCAAAGGCGAUAACGGCUCCGCAGAUGUUUGGGAGACUGGACGUAUCAACUAAUGAUUGGACGGAUGGAAUUUUUUCUACUUUGUGGCGGAGAACAUUGAAAAUUAAGAAAACCGAAUAUGUUUGGCUUAUUCUGGAUGGACCCGUUGAUGCUGUUUGGAUUGAAAAUCUCAACUCCGUGUUAGAUGAUAACAAAACGCUAACAUUAGCUAAUGGUGACCGUAUUACCAUGGCAGCGAAUGCUAAACUAGUGUUUGAGCCGGACAACGUCGAUAACGCAUCACCUGCUACAGUCAGUCGAAUGGGUAUGGUAUUUAUGAGUGCAUCAGUUCUUAAAUGGGAACCUAUUUUGAAUGGUUGGCUCAAAACAAAAUCACCCGACAUUGCUGACACUUUGAGGAAAUACUUCCAGAAAAUUUACGAUGACCUACACAGUUUUGUGCAAACGAAACUCACAGCGAAAAUGAAAAUUCUAGAAUCCAUUUAUAUACGACAAUGCUGCGACAUUCUAGAGGGUUUACUAGUACCCAAAGAAGAGGGAGCUCAGAUCGAUUUUUCUGAUAAACAUUUGGAGCGGCUUUUCCUAUUCUCACUAAUGUGGUCUUUGGGAGCCGUUCUUGAGCUAGAAGAUCGAGAAGCAAUGGGAGAAUUCAUUGCAAAACAUCCUUCGAAAAUGAAGUGGCCUAAACUGCAACCGGGGGAAACCAUUUUUGAAUAUUUGGUCUCACCAGAAGGUAGUUGGCAGCAUUGGAACAAUCGAGUGGAAGAAUACAUCUAUCCAAGUGAUAGCAUACCGGAAUAUUCCAGCAUUUUGGUACCCAACGUUGAUAAUGUGCGAACCGCGUAUUUAAUCGAUCUCAUUGCCAAACAAUCCAAGGCUGUACUUCUUAUUGGAGAGCAAGGUACGGCCAAAACGGUAAUGAUUAAAGGCUACAUGUUGAACUAUGAUCCGGAGUUCCAUCUGUCGAAAAGUUUCAAUUUUUCAUCCGCCACGACUCCGAACAUGUUCCAACGGAUCAUUGAGUCUUACGUUGAGAAAAGAGUUGGGACAACUUAUGGACCCCCGCAGCAGCGUAGAAUGUCAAUCUUCAUUGAUGACAUCAACAUGCCAGUUGUGAACGAAUGGGGUGAUCAGGUGACCAAUGAAAUCGUUAGACAGCUCAUGGAAAACGUUGGAUUCUACUCGCUUGAUAAACCGGGUGAUUUUCUUACUAUCCUGGAUAUUCAACUACUUGCAGCCAUGAUACAUCCAGGCGGUGGUAGAAACGAUAUACCGCCCAGACUCAAACGACAGUUUUGUGUUUUCAACUGUGCGAUUCCAAGCAACAAUUCUAUGGAUAAAAUUUUCGGCAUUCUUGGUGAAGGUUAUUACUGUGAAUCGCGGUUCAACGCGACUGUAGUUGGCUUCAUUCCUAAACUGAUUCCAUUGACGAGGAAGCUAUGGCAAGCAACCAAGACUAAAAUGUUGCCAACACCAGCAAAGUUUCAUUAUGUGUUCAACCUUAGAGAUCUUUCUCGCAUAUGGCAGGGAAUGUUGACGAUCAAGUCAGAAGAGUGUGAAACGAUUCAGACGGUUUUGAACUUGUGGCGACAUGAAUGCAGCCGUGUCAUCGCUGAUCGGUUUACCAAUUUCGCUGAUCGCAUUUGGUUUGUGGAUAUGAUGAAGCAACUAGCAGAAACCUUGCUGGAUACCGCAGACAUAGAAUAUUAUCAGGAUGAUGAGACCUUUUUCGUUGAUUUUUUGCGUGAUGCUCCGGACCCAACCGGAGAAGAAGCAGAAGACGUCAGCUUGGAGGCCCCGAAAUUGUACGAAGAGAUUCCUAGUUUUGAAGAAACAACUGCGCGCGUUAAAAUGUUCAUGGAGCAGUUCAACGAACAGAUUCGUGGAGCAGCAAUGGAUCUCGUGUUCUUCCGUGAUGCACUGAUACACUUGAUGAUUAUUUCCAGAAUUAUUCGAACACCGGGAGGAAAUGCGCUUUUAGUAGGAGUCGGAGGAUCUGGGAAACAAAGUUUAACCAGACUGGCCUCAUUCAUUGCGGGUUACAAAUGUUACCAGAUUACCUUGACAAGAUCAUACAAUAUAAAUAACUUGCUGGAUGACCUGCGGUACCUCUACCGGGUAGCAGGUUUUGAAGGCCAAGGUAUAUCGUUUAUUUUUACGGAUAACGAAAUUAAAGACGAAGGUUUCCUUGAAUACAUAAAUAACGUGCUAAGCUCAGGGGAAAUCGCAAAUCUAUUUCCAAAGGAUGAUUUAGAUCAAAUGAUGAACGACUUAAUCCCGGUUAUGAAGAAGGUAGCUCCAAGGCGUAUUCCAUCGCAGGACAACUUGUAUGAUUUCUUCAUAUCUCGAGCCCGAGCCAAUUUACACAUUGUGUUGUGCUUCUCUCCGGUGGGUGAAAAGUUCCGAAAUCGGUCUCUUAAGUUCCCUGGUUUGAUAUCUGGUUGCACGAUUGAUUGGUUCCAACGUUGGCCCGAAGAUGCUUUAGUUGCCGUAUCGAAUCACUUCCUCAAAGACUACAACAUCGUUUGCAAGCCAGAAGUCAAACGCGAUCUAAUCGAAAUAAUGGCUUACGUACAGGACAAAGUAGCAGAGGUUUGCCUGGAAUAUUUCGAACGAUUUCGACGGCAAGCUCAUGUAACUCCAAAAUCGUUUCUUUCCUUCCUCGAAGGCUACAAAGUGAUCUAUAAAGAUAAGCACGAUAACAUAGCUGUCCUGGCUAGUAGAAUGCAAACUGGUCUGGUUAAAUUGAUAGAAGCGGCUGCCUCAGUAGACGUACUCAGAGUUGAAUUGGAAGAGAAAGAAAAGGACAUCAUUUUGGCGACUCAAGCUGCCGAGAUUGUGUUGGCAUCGGUUACAAAAUCUCAGAACGAUGCGGAAAUCGUCAAAGCAGAAGUGUUGGUUGUGAAAAAUAAAGCCGAUGUUUUGGUAGAACAAAUCGCAGCAGAAACCGCUAUUGCCGAGGAAAAACUGGAAGCUGCACGUCCGGCUCUUGAAGCUGCAGAAGCUGCAUUGAAAACCGUCACACCCGCGGACAUCGCCACGGUUCGGAAACUCGGCAAACCACCAUAUCUGAUUACGUUGAUUAUGGAUGUAGUGUUGAUUUUAUUCCGAAGACGAAUGGCUCCCACUAAACCCGAUCCCGAGCGGCAAUUUAUGUUUGCCUCUUGGGAUGCUUCACUCAAAGUCAUGGCCGAUACAGGAUUCCUAAACAAAAUCAUUCGCUACCAAGCCGAUUUGAUCAACGCUGAAACCGUGGAUUUGAUGAUUCCGUAUUUCAAGUAUCCAUUGUACACAUUCGAAGCUGCCAAGGCUGCUUGUGGUAAUGUAGCAGGUUUAUUGCAAUGGACAACUGCGAUGGCCAAAUUUUAUGAUGUGAAUAAAGAUGUUCUACCAUUGAAAGCAAACCUAGCAAGACAGCAAAAGAAACUAGAUCAAGCCACUGUACAACGCCAGGAAGCAGAACUGCUUCUUAUGGCCAAAGAGGCCGAGUUGGCGUUGGUACAAAAAGAAUUUAACGAUGCAAUGGCGAAAAAGCAAGCCGUAUUGGAUGACGCGAAAGUGUGCCAAGAUAAAAUGGAUGCAGCUUCUGCAUUAAUUAACGGAUUGGCAGAUGAAAGAAUACGCUGGACGGAGCAAUUGUCUCAAUUUAAAAGUGAAACUGAUCGCCUUGUCGGAGACGUUUUGAUUUUAACCGGGUUUCUUUCUUAUACUGGACCAUUCAAUCAAGAGUAUCGAAUGGUGUUGCAAAGGUCAUGGCAACGCGAGUUACAGAACAGAAAGAUUCCGGUGUCUCUGAAUAUCAGCAUUAUGGAGAACUUGACAGAUGAUGCCACCGUCGGCGAAUGGAACCUACAAGGGUUACCGAAUGACGAACUGUCAAUACAGAAUGGUAUUAUUGUUACCAAAGCGGCUCGGUAUCCUUUGCUGAUCGAUCCACAAUCUCAGGGUAAAAUUUGGAUCAAAAACAAAGAGAAAGAAUUCGGACUAAUCGUAACAUCACUAGAACACCGAUUCUUCAGAAAUCAUAUUGAGGAUUGCGUUUCACAGGGAGUUCCACUGUUAAUCGAGGACGUUGGUGAAGAAUUGGAUCCAAUUUUAGACAAUAUUUUGGAGAAAAAUUUUAUUAGGAUAGGAAACACGUACAAGGUUAAGAUUGGCGACAAGGAAGUUGAUGUUCAUUCCAGUUUCCGUCUGUAUAUAACUACAAAGCUCCCAAAUCCAUUGUAUACUCCGGAGAUCUCUGCACGAACGUCAAUCAUUGAUUUUACCGUUACGAUCAAAGGACUGGAAGAUCAGUUGUUAGGUCGAGUAAUUUUAACCGAGAAAAAAGAAUUGGAAUCGGAAAGGACAAAUCUAAUAAAAGAUGUAACUUCCAACCGAAGAAAAAUGCAAGAGCUAGAGACUAAUUUGCUGCAUAAGUUGUCAACGACGCAAGGCAGUUUGGUGGACGACGUUACUGUAAUUGCCGUUUUGAAUACCAGCAAAACAACAUCAAUUGAAGUUCGUGAGAAAUUGAAAAUAGCACGAGAAACGGAAACCAAAAUCAACAAGGCUCGCGAAGAGUACAGACCUGUCGCCACCAGGGGUAGCGUGCUUUACUUUUUAAUUUGCAGCAUGUCGAUGGUGAACUGCAUGUACCAAACCUCACUGGUUCAAUUCCUGGAGCGUUUCGACAUUUCAAUGGCACGAUCAGACAAACAUAUUGUCACUUCGCGAAGAAUCAAUAACAUCAUCGAGUAUCUGACAUACGACAUAUUCCAGUAUAUCUGUAGAGGUCUCUACGAAGUUCACAAAUACCUGUUCGUACUUUUGAUGGCACUGAAUAUUGAUUUAGAGAAGAAGAAAAUCACACACCAAGAGUUCCAAACAUUCAUAAAAGGAGGUGCUGCUUUAGACAUCAAUACCUGCCCUGAAAAACCCUUCAAAUGGAUCGUCGAUACUGCGUGGUUGAACUUGGUUCAACUGUCAUCACUUCAUCAGUUCAAUGAAAUUUUAGAUAAUGUGGGUUUUAAUGAGAAGGGGUGGAAAAAUUGGUUCUCGAAAGAGGCUCCCGAAGAAGAAAUCAUUCCAGACGGUUAUCAAAAUAUGGAUGCUUUCCGAAAAUUGUUGCUUAUUCGUGCGUGGUGUCCGGAUCGAACGCUGUCUCAAAGUAGAAAAUACCUAGCAAUGUCACUAGGGGAACGAUUCGCCGAUCCUGUGAUCAUCAACUACGAUGUAAUGUUGGAAGAGAGUAGACCACUGACGCCGCUUGUUUGUUUCCUUUCGAUGGGGUCAGAUCCAACGCCCAGCAUUGAAGCACUUGCCAAAAAGAAUGCUAUCAAAUGUCGUUCGAUUUCUAUGGGACAAGGCCAGGAAGUUCAUGCUAGGAAACUUAUUGACGCCUCUUUAGAGGAAGGUUCAUGGGUGCUGCUUCAGAACUGUCACUUAGGCUUAGAAUACGUGCACGAGUUGAUGCUGUUAAUCAUGGAGUUGGAGAAAACGGGAACAGGUUUUCAUCCAGAUUUUCGCGUAUGGGUCACCACAGAGCCGCACCCUCAGUUUUCGAUUACCUUCUUGCAGAUGUCAAUCAAAUUCACAAAUGAACCUCCAUCCGGUGUGAAAGCGGGAUUGAAGCGAACUUAUGGUUCAAUGACAAUCGAAAUGUUUGAAUACAGCGAAUCGCAGUUCUAUGUACCGUUGAUCUUUGCCACAUCAUUUCUACACACAGUUGUCCAGGAACGUAGAAAAUUCGGUCCACUCGGGUGGAAUAUUCCAUAUGAAUUCAAUUCUGCUGAUUGGUUGGCCAGCUGUAUGUUUGUCCAGAACCAUCUGGAAGAUUUGGAUCCAAAACGAGGUAUAAGCUGGAAAACCGUUCGCUACAUGCUAGGAGAAGUACAGUAUGGAGGCCGCGUUACCGACGACUACGACAAACGGCUGUUGAAUACGUUUGCCAAAGUUUGGUUCUCGGAUAUGAUGUUUCUGGAGGAGUUCAGGUUUUUCCGAGAGUACAGAAUCAUGAAGUUCAAGUCGCUCGAAGAGUACAUGGAAGCCAUCGAGCAGAUGUCGCUGAUUGAUCCUCCCCAAGUGUACGGAUUACAUGCCAAUGCUGACAUUACAUAUCAAAGCAAUACCACAAAGGAAAUUUUAGACACGAUUGUGUCCAUUCAACCGAAAGAGUCCUCCGGCGGUGGCGGGGAAACACGAGAAGCGACAGUAGCACGUUUAGUCAAUGAUAUGCUGUUAAAAGUUCCUAUCCCAUAUGAUCCGUACGCUGUCAAGGAACGACUUAAGAUCAUGGGUCAUUUGGGUUCUAUGAACAUUUUCCUACGACAGGAGAUCGAUCGAAUUCAAAGGAUUAUCCUGUUGGUUCGGACAACGUUGAAGGAUCUUUUGUUGGCAAUCGAUGGAAUUAUUAUUAUGAACGAACAACUACGAGAUGCCUUGGACAACAUUUAUGACGCCCGAGUGCCAGAUGUUUGGAAACGUGGUAGCUGGGCAUCCUCAACGCUUGGUUUUUGGUUCACGGAACUCAUAGAACGCAACAACCAGUUCUGCACAUGGUGCUUCAAAGGACGUCCGAGUAUGUUUUGGAUGACCGGAUUCUUUAAUCCGCAAGGAUUUCUAACUGCUAUGCGACAGGAAGUGGCGAGAGCUCACAAAGGAUGGGCUCUGGAUGUCGUCACACUUCACAAUGAUGUAACCAAAAUGGCAACGGAGGAGUGCAAACAGGCUCCGAAUGAAGGAGUUUUUGUUUACGGCCUAUAUUUGGACGGGGCCGGAUGGGACAGAAGAAACAAUCGAUUGCAGGAAUCCAUCAAUAAAGUACUAUACACGGCGAUGCCAGUAGUUCACAUCUACGCAAUCAACUCAACGGCCGCUAAGGAUCCAAAGUUGUAUGAGUGCCCCGUCUACAAAAAGGCCAACCGCACUGAUCUGAAUUACAUCACACCACUUUGGUUACCAACGGUUAAAUCACCCGAUCACUGGAUUUUGCGUGGUGUGGCCUUGCUGUGUGAUAUAAAAUGAAAAUUGGGUGUGUAUUUAUUUUCUGUUAUAAUCACUAUUGUAUUCGUUCCACAUCAAUAAA